GGAGGUAAAGAUCAGCUUGCUCGGAAAUGAAAAUAUCGGGAUAAAUAGGAAAAAUCUGUUUGCUUGUAGCUCGUCAUAGAGUCGUUCAUCCACAUUAUAUUGCUCGAUGGUGAUGAUGACACUAACUAGCUCCGUACGGUUAGUUUUAUGGUCCGCGUUGAUCACGUGGUCAGCUGGUCAGAAUAUUCUACAAAAUGGAAACUUCGAGUCUUUGACAGGAUGGGAAUGCUGGAGUCCUGUGAAAUGCAAUCUGACCAACACUGGACACAGUGGGCAGCACUCAAUACUCGUUACUGGCAGGCAGGAAGCAUGGCAGGGGCCGACACAGUUUAUCCACGUGACCCCGGGGCGUUCCUAUAGAGUCAGCGGCUACAUCAGACUACACAACGACGACAACAAGGGACAGAGCGUGCAAGUGUCGCUAGACUACACCUUCCCGGACAAGUCCCACACCUACCAGGCUGCAGCUGUACGAGGCUCUUUACGGGUAGCAAACGGAUGGGCCAGUGUUUCUGGCAUUUUUAGCGUACCUGACAGAGAGAUAGAGAGUGUGCGGAUCUACUUUGAGGGUCCGAGCCCGGAUGUUAGCUUUGAAGUGGAUGAUGCCUCGGUGGAGGAAGUGGGCGCCAGUGGCUCGUGGCGCAACGUCACUCAACAUGUCAUCGAAACUGUUCGUAAAAGCGACAUUCACUUCAAUGUGACGCUAGCGUCUAACGUGAAUGCGGGAGAUGUUCAAAUCCACGUCCUUCAGACCCGCAAGUCUUUUCCCUUUGGCACCGGCACCUCCACCCUCUACCUCGAUCCCACCAAGAAAGCUUACAGCGACUUUUUGAACCGCCACUUCAACUGGGUUUGGCCAGGAAACGAACUCAAGUGGUACGCCACGGAACCGCAGCAGGGCAGCAAGAAUUAUGAACCAGCGCUGAACAUGAUAAGAGAACUUCAGAAACAUGGGAUCCAGAUGCGCGGCCAUUGUUUGCUGUGGUCCGAUGGAAACUACGUUCAGAGCUGGGUGAAGGCUCUGUCCAAAGACGACUUGCUGGCAGCUGUGUAUCACCAUGUCUAUGAAACUCUGAACAUCACCAAGGGCUUGAUCCACAUGUGGGAUGUCAACAAUGAGAUCCUGCACGGACACUGGUAUCAGGAUACAUUACGGGAUCCCGACUUCAACAUCAAGCUGUACCGUGAUGUUCACAACUACGACCCCAGCCUCAGGCUUUUCUUCAACGAGUACAAUGUAGUGGGAUGGGGCGACACCACGGAUGCUUACCUUGAACAGGCGCUGAAGUUCAAAGCAGCCGAUGUGGGGCUGUCAGCUCUGGGAGCACAAGGUCGAUUCCCGCAAGAGCAAGAGCCAGACCCUGACGUCAUCAAACAACGUCUGGACACGCUGGCUAAGUCCGGUCUUCCCAUCUGGAUCACGGAGAUGGAUGUGAUCGCUCGCGACGAGAACAAGCGGGCGGACUACUUCGAGAAGGCUCUCCGCGCCAUGUACGGCCACCCGGCGGUGGAAGGCAUCCUCAUCGACAACUUCUGGGACAGCAAGAGUCCCAGCGAGGCGAGUCACGGCCUGGUUGCAGGUGACAACCUGGAGAUGACAGCAGCAGGGCGACGUGUGCUGGACCUUCUGGAGAAAGAGUGGAUGACGGAUGAGACGCGCACGCUGUCGGAGUCGGGUCAGCAGUUCACGGUGCGCGGUUUCCAUGGCGAUUACGAGGUACACGUGGUGUACAAGGGGCAUGACCUCCAGCAGCUGAAGAAAACAUUCACUUUGGGCAAAACGGCGACGAACGUAGCGGUUCACGUUAGCUGGACAGCACGGGUCCCGUGGCUCCUUGGUCUCCUCGCAGUCAGUCUGGGCGCCGAGCUGCUGACCAACGGAGGGUUUGAAUCCACGUCCAACUGGGACUGCUGGGGCAUUCAGUGCACACUCACCGACAACAAACACUCCGGCCAGCAUGCCUUGGAGGUGACAGGCAGGGAGCAGACAUGGCAGGGACCGUCUCAGACCAUCGAGGUGCAGCAGGGCCAUAGCUACACUGUCAGCGGCUACAUUCGCCUGCUGAACGACGACAACCAGGGUCAGACAGUGCAGCUGGAGGUCAACUUAAAAUUCGAGGACAACACCGAUGACUAUGCAACGGUUGCCGAGCAUACGGGUGCGAGAGUUAGUGACGGGUGGAUCCACCUUACAGGGAAAUUCUCCGCCCCUGAUAAAGCCAUCAAGUCUGCUAGAAUCUACUACCAGGGGCCUGCACCCGCUGUUAACUUCGUCGUUGACGAGACCUCCGUGCAGUCAACGUCUCCUUCCGGUGCGAGCCCGAACGUCGAUGACGCCAUCAACAGACUGCGCAAGAGCGACAUGCACUUUCCAAUUGUCCAGAAAAAGAAGGCAUUCCCAUUCGGCAUGGCAGUGGGCGUACCCUACUACAACAACCCGGGUAUGACGAAAUACAGGGACUUCAUUCACCAGCACUUUAACUGGGGUGUGCCCGGCAACGCUCUGAAGUGGUAUGCCAUAGAGGGCACACAGGGAGCUAGAAACUACAAGCCAGCGCUGGACUUCAUAGACGGUCUACACAGACACGGCAUGAAGGUCAGAGGUCACUGCCUCUUGUGGGCGGUGGAGUCGACGGUGCAGAGUUGGGUCAAGGCGCUUUCAGUUGAUGAUCUGCGAAAGGCCAUCUGGCAUCAUGUGAAUGACACACUAGCCAUGACUGCGGGCUGCGAGAUAGGUAUCAACAGCCUCGAGCACUGGGAUGUCAACAACGAGCUGCUGCACGGCCAGUGGUACGAGAACCGCCUCCACGACCCCAACUUCACCAUCAACCUCUUCCGGGAUGUCCACAAGGCCGCCCCCAAUGUCAAGCUAUUUCUGAACGAUUACAAUGUCGUCGCCAACUCCUACUCCACAGACGCUUACCUGGAGCAGGCCAAGCAUUUCAAGGCGGCCAACGUCGGUCUGUACGGUCUUGGAGCUCAGUGUCACUUCGGGAACGAGGCGGAGCCGGACACUAACGCCAUCUGGCAACACCUGGACAAGCUGGCCGAGGCAGGCCUGCCCAUCUGGGCCACCGAGCUGGACGUGUACGCAAGGGACGAGAACAGACGAGCGGACUUCUAUGAGAAGGCCAUGAAGGCCCUGUACAGCCACCAUGCCGUGGAGGGCAUCCUCCUGUGGGGAUGCUGGGAUAGGGAGCACUGGAGGGGGGAGCCUGCCAGCCUCCUGAAGGGAGAUAACCUUGAUCUGACAGCAGCAGGGCGGAGGGUGAUCGACUUGCUGGACAGACAGUGGAUGACAGACGUCACGCGCGUGCUAGCCGACGCCGGCGACCAGUUCACCGUGCGAGGUUUCCAUGGCGACUACGAGGUGCACGUGCUGUAUCAGGGCCGCGAGCUCCCAUCGCUGAUGAAGGCGGUGACACUCGGCAAGACACCUCUUGAUGUUAACUUGAACGUUCACCUCUGAGUAGCAAUAAACUGAACGUUCAAAAGCC